GCUCAGGGAGCGGCGCGGAAGGGUUUCCCUUGCCUUGCUUUGCCUUGCAAAGGGCUCUUUCCUCCAUCACAUGGUGGGAAGCGAAAAACAAAAAGCAAACCCUCUUUAGCUACCACGUGAGAAAGGGGUCGGGGACCCCGUAACUCCAUUCCCUUUCUUUUAAAGAAGAACCCCUUUUUGGAAAUCAUGAUGGCGACUGAGAGGAUCCCAUGAGGACUGAGAAGCAGCUGCAAAGGAGGGAUCAAUUGGUCGAGAGAAGGGGCAGCAGAUCUGGCUUCCUGGAGGAUCCUUGAUGGGCUGAGACUGAAAGACUGUUGUUCACUGGAGUUAUGAAUCCAGUUCUCAACUCGGUUCAAGGCUACUUGCUGAAGGUCGUGACUGUAAGAUUUUUCAAGCUGUGAACUGGAUUUGAUUCUUCUGGUUUCCUCAAGAGAAAGAGCCCUGGAUCUCUGAUUAAGCAAAAUUGGAGAAAAAAGAAAGCCUGUCAAAAUACAUCUUGGAGGAGGGCACAGAAAUAUUUCAUGCCAAAGCCAAACAAUUUGUGGGCAUAAUUUGAGGAACUGGACAAAAACAUGUGUUUGUAGCCUAGGAGAUCAAAAUAACUCUUCUGGCUGUUUCCUCCAUUACCAUCCUGAACAUAGACUCUUGAUGUAAUGAUGAAAAUGGAACAAAGGAAAAAACCAAGUAUUCCAAGUUUCCAGAGAUUGGAGGACACCCAAGCAGUCCCUGAUGUUCACUCAGAGUUCCCCGAAGGGAUGACAGAAGUGAAAGAUCAGGAAGAAUCGUGGGAUCAUCAGGUUGUGGAAGAAAACAUGGCCGUCCCAAGGGCCUGUUCAGAGUUCCCUGAAGGGAUGACAGAAGUGAAAGAUGAGGAAGAAUCGUGGGAUCAUCAGGCUGUGGAAGAAAACAACAUCUUCCCAAGUACCUGUUCAGGUGUUUCCAAUGAGUUACCUGAAGGGAUGACAGAAGUGAAAGAUGAGGAAGAAUCGUGGGAUUAUCAGGCUGUGGAAGAAAACAAGACUGUUCCAACUGCCUGUUCAGAGUUCCCUGAAGGGAUGACAAAAGUGAAAGUUGAGGAAGACUCAUGGGAUCAUCAGGCUGUGGAAGAAAACAAGAACGUCCCAGCUGCCUGUUUAGGAUUUCCUGUUGUAAAGGUAGAGCCAGAAGAGGAGCCAUCAGUCUCAGACUUCCAUGCUGAGGAGACAGGGACUGUGUUGGAUGUCCAAUCAGGUGAAAAGCAGUUGGUGUGUGAGGCUACCACAAUGGAGCACAGACAACCAAAGAAAAGGGAGAGUGGAGCAGCACGACGAAAGAGACUAAAGUUGGCAGCAGAGGAGGCAAAGAAAUCAAGCCAUAUGGAGCUCAGACAAGAAAAGGAGAGUGGAGUAGCAGGACAGACGAGACUAAAGUUGGCAGUGGAGGAGGCAAAGAAAGGACGGAAGAGACAAAACUUGGCAGCGGAGGAGGCAAUGGAAUCAAGCCAAAUGGAGCACAGUCAACAAAAGAAAAAUGAGAGUGAAGCACAAGAACAGAAGAGACUAAAGUUGACAGCGGAGGAGGCAACGAAACCAAGGCAACUCAUCUUUAUCUUCUUUAAGAAGCCCCUAUCAGCUCCUUCAAACCAGUCUCAGGCUACAUCAGAGAGUGUUGAGAUGGAGGAAGAUGAAGAAAUUUUACCUGAGGAGACAGAAACUGUUGACACAUCUGAACCUGGUGAGCCGGAGGGUGUCGAGGAGUGUUUGUCAGCCAUGCCAGAAGUCAUCCUAAAGCAUGAUGUGGGGCUUCUGCCGUUCAAUAAGGUAACCCAAAGACCACGUAUUUCUGAUGCGUUGAGAACACAAAUGGUUCAGAUGGGAUCCAGGUAUUUUCAGAAUAGCGAGGGGCCUUUCAAACCCACACCACCCCAAAAUCGUCGAAUGUCCAAAAGGUGGUUCAAAGUGAGAUUGGGAGAUGGUCAGGGUAAGGAGGUGACGCGCUCAUGGCUCAUGUAUUCACCCUCCAAAAGGACAGCCUUCUGUUUCUGCCUUCUGUUUUCAAGAUCAGAAGUUCAGUCCGCAUUGGAGAGGGAAUCCGGGUUUGGCCAGUGGAAAAAAUAUGACAGGAUUACUAGCCAUGAAAACGGGCGCAAUCAUCGGGAGUGCUUUACCCAGUGGAAAGAAAUGGAGAAAAAUUUGGCCAUGAGCAGAGAAAUAAUUGAUACUGACCUACAGACACCGAUUGAGAAGGAGAGGCAGAAGUGGCGUGACAAGCACUGGGCAAAACUCCAAGAGGCUGUGCCUUUGAGUCUCGAGUCACAAUCCGAAACCAGGUGGAGUGCAAAGGCAGAAGCUGUGAAACCUCUCCGAAUGCAUCUUGAGGAUAUAAUCGAACUUCUCCAGAACAUGGAAGAUGAUAGAGAAGAGACUGAUGCGUCAAGGCGUGAAGCGAAGGUGCUGGUCAGUUGCCUGUUGAGUUAUGACUUUCUGAGUUAUGUAGGAUUUUGGGACAAGGUACUUGGUCGCAUUGACCUUGUUCAAAGGAGGCUACGAAAUCCCAGGAUGAACUUUCACUAUGCUGCCCAAGAUCUAAGAUCGCUCCAAUAUCAUUUUGAUGCUAACAGAGACAUUUUGGUUAGUGAAUCAAUUGAUGAUGGCAUUAGUCUGUGCCAGAAAUUUAAUGUUGAAUUUGAAUGUUUUAGGAGAUAUAGAAAAACAAUGCCUCUUGUGAAAGCAAGAGAGGCAGGGUUAACAGAAAUCAAGGAAAUGGAAAGAAGUAUGAAGGCAGUACUUGAUCAUCUUCACAGAGAGAUAAACGAAAGUUUCACUCGUUUGCACAACAUUGAUACCAAGUUUGGAUUCCUCCUUGACAUCGAGAAACUGUGUUAUGGCACUGACAUCCAAGACCUACAGGAGAAGUGUGUCAAUUUGGGCAAUUUCUACAGCAGUGAUAUUGAUGGGCAGAAGCUCUAUCAUGAUAUUUUGGACUGCAGAAUGCUACUGUCAGGGCAAGAUGAGGUGCGGAUAUCUAGUCCUGAGCAGCUUCUUGAAUUCAUUGUUCAGUUUGGAGAUGAGUCCGCCUUCUUCAAUCUCACUGUUGCUAUCCAGAUACUGCUAACCAUUGCAGUUUCCAUCGCCAGCUGUGAGUUGAACUUAUUCCAGUAA